GGUGGCGCCGCUUCUCAGCGCUUUCCCGUGGCACUUUUUCGGAAUUGGCUGACAAGGGGAGAAAACUAUAAAGUUCAGAUAUUUCUGAAUUAAAAUCGAAAACAAGUAAUUUGGAUGGGUUGAUUCGAUCUUGCAAGGGCUAGAACCUUUUCCUUUGAAGGGAAUGCAGAGAAUCUUGUCCGGAAAAGAUUCUCUUGGAUUGUCAUUUGAAAGGAAGGUUCUCGAACAAUACUAAAUACUAAGAUGAGAUUGUAGAAAUAUUGGGAAUUGUGGUUUUCACCAAACUAAGGUAAUUCAAAAUACAUGUUUUCCUCUGUUGUGGUUUCAAAAAAAAAAAAAAACAGAGAGGGAGUGAAAGAUGCUGAAGCAAUGAAAGAACAAACCUCAGAGGAAGAGAGAGCAGAAAAGUUAGAGGAGACCCUGAGGAUAGAGUAAGGAUCUGAAGGACUGGUACAUGCAGUUGCUGUUACUGUUGUGGAAGAAGAAAGGGUGGUGAGCAGCAUUGAGGAGAGAUCACCAUCAUGGACAUCUGCUGCUCUGACAGAGUGCAUUGAGCAGGCAAGAGAAGAGGAAGAGAAAGAAAUUCAGAAAGCAGCUGAACUGGGUGUUACUGUGGAGGAUGCAGUGGUAGCUGCUAAGACAGUGCCAGAGACCAGAAAGGAUGUAAGUGAUGACGCCACAGCAAGUGAACUGGAGCUAACCUCUGAAGCAGUGACUGCUCUGGAGACAGCAGAAGCUUCCUGUGCUGAAAAAGCAAUGGAAGCAUCCCUUGCUGAAGAGACCACUGAGAUGGUUUCUGCUGUUUCACAGUUGUUAGAAACCCCAGAUACUACAGAGGAAGCUACACCAGUUCAAGAAGUAGAGGCCACUGAACAAAAUUUGAAAGAAUUGGACAAACAGACACAAAAAGUUCUUCAUGAAGUUGCUGAAAGAGUCAAGUCAGAUGUAACACAGCUGGUUAGUGAAAGAGCUGUAGCAGAAACUGUAAUUACAACAGCACAGGGACUUGAGUCAGAAGUGAAAGGUGGUGCUAAAGAUGGGAGCAUUGUAGACCAGGAAACUGUUCUGCUUGAACAGUCCUUGGAAAAUGAACACAAAGAAGACGGCCCCCAGCAAAGCGCAGAGAGCAUUCAGGGCCAAAACAGAGUUGAAGAUAUUGUUUUACCUACAGGAUCAGAGAAAAGUGAAAUACCUUCUGUGAUGGAAAAAAAGCAUCAAGGAUAUGUUGAAGAUCAAGAAGUAAAUGAAGUGCAGAGGAGAGCAGAGGAAACUUUAUCACAUGCCGAAGAGUUUAACAGCAUCAAAGCCAUCACUCCCAAGGAAGAGCUGUCUGCAAAGCAGAAGCCUUCAGAACAAGAGAAACUGCCUGUAACAGAGUUGACACUGAAUGGGACAAAAGAGGAUGCUGUGCUCAACGGAAUAAAAAGCACAGAAGUCACUGUUCCUGAGGUUCUACUGCAGAGCAAGGAAAAAACUUCUGCCAUUCCUUCAAAAACAGAUGACUCAGAAGCAGAUGCUGAGCAGAGUGUGAGCAAUGGGUCUGACAGAGACUUUGCAGCAAAACAUUCUGUGGCCAUCACAGAACCACAAUGCAGAGACAAAACAACUGAAACUCCCUCCAAGAGUGACGAAGCAAAAGGUGGCAAAGUGGAAAGUGCUGUGCUCAAAUCUGAAACGCAGCUGGAGAGCACUUCCAUUGUUACCGAGGCUCCUAUGCAGAUUGAAGCACAUGGGGCAUCUAAUUUAGCAUCAACAUGCCCAGAGAUUGUUGAAAAUGGAAGUGCUGUUAUCACUGAUAUAAGUCCUAAGAAAUGUGAAACACCCAGCAGCUUGGCUGGAGAAGAGACUGUGGGAAAAGGACAAGAACUCGUAGAAACCUUGAGCUGUCAAGGCUCUCAGAAAGAAGAUAAGAAAAAUGAGCAAUUGCUGGAAGGAGCCAAAGAAGCAUUUGAAUAUGGAAAACAAGAAGCUGUGAGGCAUGAUGAAUGUUCAACUGCUGUCCAGCAAGAGGAAGGCUCUGACUCAGCCUUUGCACAGGCUGAAGGCUUAGGGGCUCUGAAAACACCUGUGGCUGUCGCAGCUGCAGCAGGUGGAGAGCAUGUCGUGGCAGAAACUGCGACAUACACAGACGUGACAGCCAAAACUGCACAGCCCUUGGCAACCACACCAGAGCAAAUGGUUUCUCAAGAGGUCCCAGUUUCUAAUAUUGACUGUUCAGGCUGUGGGACUGCAGAGCUUGAUAGUGUGGAGGCAACCAAGCCUGGAGUAACUUGUGCUUCUAUGAAUAGAGUAUCAGAAGAGCAAGAGCAGCCCCAGAGCACGGAGCAAGCCGAACACAAUGGUAUUCCUUCCAGUCACAGUCUGUCUCCCAGCCACCCGGAAUUUCAGAAGCAUGUCGUUCAGUCUGUGAUCAUAGAGUCCCAGAGCACAGAAAUUGUAUUGAAUGCCAUCCAGUCAGCUGUUCACAAACUUGCAGAAACAGAAGAGUUGGCUGCCCUUGAGUCAGGGCAGAGCAUUAAGUCCAUAGGGAAAAGCCCAUCAGAUACAAUUGUACCUGAACUUCUGGGAAGUACUGGCAGGGACAGAGGGUUUUACUAAUUCCAUUCCCCGAGCGACCAAGUGCGCAUACCAGCGACCGCACUGCCAGCAUUAAAUCAGUUCCCCAGGGGGGAUGAGAUAAAUAGUCCUGCCCAGAGAUGCUGAACCACCCGAGCACUAGAGAAAGGCCCACAAAUUAUAGUUAAGAACAGACUAAGGGAGUGGGAACAAGGUAGGAAACUAGUGCUCACGGGGCAAGAGUACGUGGCAGUAAAAAAGGAUGAUGUCAUCAAGUGGUGCCCAUUAAAAUCCAUAAAGCCUAUGCUACCUAAUAAAACUGAUGAAACUAACGAGAUCUCUGAGUUUCUUUUGACAGGCUUGCCGCCAUGAUCCAUCUCGUCAGCCUCGUGUUUCAUCUUCGUGCUUCGGUGUUCUGUCGUUGCCAAACCCGCUUCAUCGGCCAAGCAAAGAACUCGAAGACAAGUUCCAACAUCACGGCCAAACACUCCGGCAAUGAAAUCAGUUCAAUUCCCCUGUUUACCCAACAGCCCUAGUUUACCACCCAUGUGUUCACCCUAGUGAGACCAGUUGCAGUUGUUGUACCCGUGUUAAUGUUCAAUCCCCGUUUCAUAAGUAAACUAGCCCGGUUCGCGAAAGCUCAUUCGAGCAAAGUCGAUAUUGUGCUGUAGAGCGAAGUGACUUCAACCGUUUAUGUGAUUUGUUAACUAGAUAAGUUAUAGCCAAGUUGCGAUUGCAUUUGGACAUUUAAAAUAGUUCGCGAGUUGUUACUAACAUGUUCUACAAGUUAUUACUAACAUCAGUUUAGUACAGUUACGAAGGCUUAACCGGUCAUGGAGAGGGGGGAAAUGUGGUGAGCCAGAAAGAUCAUUCGGAAGACAUCGCGAUGUAUGAGGAGUUAGGGCACACCCUCUCCGUGACGUUAGCCAAUCACAGCUGUACCAACUGUACUUAAGCCGGCAUUUGCCGGGUAAUAAAUGCACUUCACCAUCCACCC